AUGGCCACCGCUGCCGGCCGGGAACCUCCCGAGGACGGGUUCCCCGGAACCCCGACCGCGGCGAUGAAGUCCAUCGACUGCUACCCUGCCAUGUUGACCACCUCCGCCGGCAUAUGGCUCGGCGACAACCCCCUCCGCUUCUCCUUGCCCAUUCUAUUCUACCAGAUCAUCAUCAUCUUCGUCGUCUCCAACCUUACGCACGUCGUCCUCGCCCGUCUCCGCCAACCCUUGGUCAUGUCUCAGAUCGUGGCAGGCAUGCUGUUAGGCCCCAAUUUCCUUGGCCGGAACAUGUGGCUUCCGAAGGAACUCUUUCCCCGUCAGAGCUUUGAGCAGCUGGAGACCAUCGCCGUCUUCUCCAUGAUGAUCUUCCUCUUCGUAAUCGGAGUGAAGGCGGACCUGGGCAUGAUCCCCAAGGCGGGCAAGAAGGCGGUGUUCAUCGCCGUGCUCGGCACCCUGCUUCCCUACGUGUCCGUCUACGGCAUGGUCACGGCGCUGAAGCACGAGUUGCCGCCCCGCUUCCGGAAUACUCCCCUUCUCCUCGUCAUGUCCGACAAAUGGUGCCUGACGUCCUACGCCGUCCUCUCCUGCUUCCUCAGCGACCUCGACCUCCUGACCUCCAAACUCGGCCGCCUGGCCAUGUCGGCCACCCUCAUCGCCGACUUCAUCCACCUGUUCGCUGACGCCUGCAUCGGCACCUAUUUGCUGGCCGCGAAGCAGGGCGACCCGAUGAAGGGCAUCACGGGCCCCGUGGCCUUCUUUGGCAUGGUGGGGUUCAUCAUGUUAAUCAUGCGGCCGCUGGUGCUCUGGCUCAUACGGCGGACGCCGGAGGGGGCACUUCUCAGCGAGGCCAGCCAAGUGGCGGUGCUGCUGAUGGCGCUGGCCUGCGGGUUGAUGAGCUCGAUCAUCGGGUUCGAUUUCUUCGCGGGGCCUUUCUUCUUCGGGCUGGUGCUGCCGGGGGGAGCGCCGCUGGGGACGACGUUGGUGGAGCGCGUCAGGUUGGUGACGGGGUUGCUGAUGCCGGUGUCCAUGGCGCUCGCCGGGUUGAGGAUGGACCUGGCGUCGGUGACCGAACCCGCCCAGUGGGCGUGGCUCGAGGGGUUCAUGGUGUUAUGCGUCGUGGCCAAGUUCGUGGGCGUCAUCCUGCCCUGCGCCUACUGCAACAUGCCGCACCGCGAGUCCGUCUCCCUCGCCCUCAUGAUGAUCACCAAGGGCAUUUAUGAAGUAGGAAACGCUCUCGGGUGGAGACAGGCUCAGCUCGUCGAUGACCAGCUCUAUACCGUGAUCAUCAUCUCCAUUUUCGUCUUCGGCGGCAGCACCGCCCCACUGGUCAAGUACUUGUACCGGCCGGAGGAUCGCUACGUGGCAUUCAAGCGCCGCACUCUCCAGCACGCCACGCCCGACGACGAGCUCCGCAUCUUGGCGUGCGUCCACGGGCAGGACAACGUCAACCCCGUUCUCGCCCUCCUCGAGGCCACCGGCCCCUCCCCCGACGCGCCCAUCUGCGUCUACCUCCUCCACCUCAUCCAGCUCGUCGGCCGCGCCGACGCCGUCAUUCACCUCCACAAAAUCAAGAACGCCACCACGAGCUCCUGGGCCACCACGCAGUCGGAGUCCGACCGCAUCGCCAACGCCUUCCGCUUGUUCGAGAAGCAGUACCCGGGCGGCAUCUCGGUCCUCCCGUACGUCUCCAUCUCCCCUUACAGCACCAUGCACGACGACAUCUGCUGCCUCGCCCUCGACAAGAAGACCACCCUCGUCAUCGUCCCAUUCCACAAGCGCAUCGGCGACGAUGACAGUAUCAGCUCCGCCAACGACGCCAUCCAGGCCGUCAACUUGAACGUCCUCCAGUACGCCCCUUGCUCCGUCGGCAUCUUCGUCGAGCACGGGCUAUCUGACGGCGCGUCGCUGCUGCACCACGUGGCGGUCUACUUCCUGGGCGGGGCCGACGACCGGGAGGCGCUGGCCUACGGCGUGCGCAUGGUGGAGCGCGCCGCCGCCUCGCUGACGGUUGUGCGCUUCCUCCCGCCCAAGGAGUGGCGGGAAGACGGAUGGGAGGAGAGGCUCGACGACAAGAUGCUAAUGCAAUACCGGCAGGAGUGGGUGGACGAGAAGCGGGUGAUGUACAGGGAGGAGGAGGCAAAGGACGGGGAGGCGAUGGUGAGGGUGAUCCAUGAGACGAGCCCCGAGUUCAGCUUGCUGAUCGUGGGUCGGAGGGAGGGGAAGGAGUCGCUGAUGACGGCGGGGAUGUCGAUGUGGAGCGAGUACCCGGAGCUGGGGGUCAUCGGGGACAUGCUGGCAUCGACGGACUUCGGCGGCGAGGCGUCGACGCUAGUGGUGCAGCAACAACGGAGGGUGACGGGAGAGCAGUCAAUGGAUAACCUCGAGCCCACUCCGAUUCACAUUGGGAAACGGGUGGUACCGCGAGACGAAGACGAUGAUUACUAA